AUGAACAAAAGCCACGCGACGGGGGAGAGUGUAGUUCCCGAGCCCAUACAGCGAGCGGCCCCAGAAGGAUUGGAAAAGGCUCUCCCUGAAAGUGUACACCCAACCAAGGGCAGCGACGUCGACCCGCAGAAGGAAGAAAACACCAGCUUCAAAAGCCACGCUACAGGCCCAAGUGUUGUUCCCGAAUUCAUUCAGAAAGUGGCGCCGGCGAAGCUGGAGAAGGCUCUGCCAGAAAGCAUCCACCCGACCAAAGGCAGCGACGUUGAUCCUGAACCGGUCCAGGGAAAGAACGCAAAGUAG